GUGCCUCCCAGUGUCUUCCUCCCCACUGUGUCUCCCCCUGUCUCCCAGUUUCUCUCAUUGUCUCACCACCACGUCUCCCCACCACGUCUCCCCUCCGUGUCUCCCCCUGUCUCCCAAUCCCUUUCCCCGUGUCUCCCCUUGUCUCCCUCCCCCCGUAUCUCCCCCUGUCUCCCGGUGUCUCCCUCCCCCCCUGUGUCUCCCCCGUCUCCCAGUGUUUCUCUCCCCCCUGUGUCUCCCCCUGUCUCCCAGUGUCUCUGAUUGUUUCCCCUCCGUGUCUCCCCUCCGUGUCUCCCUCUGUCUCCACGCGUCUCCCGGGCUCUGCCUCUGCGUCUCCUCGUGUCUCCGGCUUUCCGGCUGUCUCCAUGAACCGUGUGGCUGCUCCCCUGGCGUCGCGAUCAGGCGAGGGCAGGCUCCACAGCGGGGGCGGCACCAGGCCAGAGACCGCGACUGGUGGAGAUGGCGGAGCAGCGCCGGUGGAGGAUGAGGCUCACAAUGGCCUGAUUGGCUCCCGGGGAGCUGCCGGCGGGGAUGAUGAUGGCGGUGACGAUGACGGUGGUGGUGAUGGUCGUGGUGAUGGCGGAGACCUGGCCGAGAAUGAAGCUAGGAGACAACGUGUGGAGACAAAGUGUGCGGAGUUGGCCGAGAUGAUGUGGGAGGAAGGGUGUGGACGUGAGGACAUAGAACUGAAGGUGUCUGCGUUCAGGAGACUUCUGCUGAACAAGGAACUCGAAGCGUCGCAACGGAGACGGGCUGAAGAUGCCGUGCGGGCUUUGAGCAGCGGAGGGGAGGGGGAGGGACGGGAGGGGGAAGGGGAGGAGGGGGAUGGGGAGGAGAGGCAGAGCAGUGGGAGGGGGGCGGCGGUCGCCACGGAGACGCGGGGCCCCCCCUGUAAUGGGGCUCAGGGCGAGCGGAGCGACCCAAGCGGCAGGAGACGGCACAGGAAGGGCGCCCGGAGGCGGCGCUCCAUAGGCAAGAAGAAGAGGAAGAGGAGUAGCAAAAAGAGAGACAAACGGCACCGAGAGAAGAGCGAGCGAGCGGAGGGUGGCGUGACAUCACCCAAGGCUGGUGACCUCCACGCGACCUCUGCACUCUCCAGGCGCGAAGAUGCCGCUGGAUCGCUUGACCAGCCGCGGAGCGAGUCACAUGACCAGCCGGGUCAAUUGGAGAGUGGUGCGGCAACGGCGGUGGUGGCCACCGCCCCCACCUCGUCGGUGGCCCCUGCCCCACCGGGCCGGGCUCACAAUGGCCGGCUCGCCACGCCGCGUGGGUCCCAGCCGGAGCCAUUGAGAGUGGUUGGGAACCAGCGGGGGUUGACGCUGGGGGGUGGGGCUGAGGGUGAGGGGAGUGAGGAAGGGGAGGGGCCGGACCCCCACCCCUCGGACCCUGCCCCCUCGGACCCCGCGGCCGCUGUGAGCCCAGCAGGUGGAGGGACCCUGGCCGGGAUUGGCAACCGGGUUGUGCCACGGGGCUCAACUCCCCCGCGGGGCAGGGGCAGCCGUCGCAAGCGGCGCCGCGCAUCCCACCGGGGGUCCCAGCGGGGCUCCCAGCGGGGGUCACAACGGGGCUCUCAGCGGGGCUCCCAGCAGGGAUCCCAACGGGGGUCUCAUCGGGGAUCUCAGCGAGCCUCCCGACCUGGUGGCUCCCGCUCUGUCUCGGGCUCCCGAUCCGGCUCCGGGUCACGCUUCAGCUCCGGCUCCCGAUCAGGCUCCGGCUCUCGCUCCUGCUCAUAUCCCCCGGCGCGGAAUAUCGCGCGGGAAUCGCGGGAGAGCCGCACGCGUAGCCGGAGCCGGAGUCGAAACCGGAGUAGGAGUCGAACCCGGAGCCGGAGUCGGAACCGGAGCCGAAGUCAAAGCCGGGCACGCUCUCCCACGGCGACGAAUGCCAGCAAAACGAGGUCGCCCUCCUCCCCCGGCCGACGGAGUUCAACGCGACGGGACCCAGCCCCUCGCGCAGGGGGACCCUAUAAUAGGCAGCUAGGUGGUGACCGCGAACGACAGCAGCAGCCACCGCCGCCACCGCCACAGCCGGGCGGGGAGCGCCACCGGCGCCAGAGGAGGGGAGGCAGCUUCUCACCACUCCGCAAGCGGCGCAGAGACUCCCCCAGCCACCUGGAGCCCCGCAGGAUCACCAGUGCCCGCAAGCGACCGGUUCCCUACUACCGCCCAAGUCCUCCCAGCACCUCCUCAUCCUCCUCUUCGUCCUCCUCCUCAUCUCCCUCUUCCUCAACCUCGUCACGGAGGAGUGGUCGGCACGGCAACCGCAGCAGGAACAGCAGCAGCGGCAGCAGCGGCAGCCGUGGCAACCGCAGCGGCAGAAGCAGCCAAACCCCGGCACGGAACACCCGCCGCAAAACCCGGCAACGCCGCCACCGCCACCGAGGAGAGCAUAGCAGCAGUAGGGGUGGAAGCAGCGGUAGCAGCAGCAGGGGGAGCAGCAGGGGCAGUAGUAGGGGCAGCAGUAUCAGCAGCAGGAGGAGGAGGAGCAGCCUGACGUCGAGAAGCGAGUGGAGCGGAACGACGAAGUCAUGGAGCCGGAGCCACGACCGGAGCCGGAGCCGGAUCCGGACCAGCAGCCGGGAGUCCUACAACAGCAGUGGGAGUGGAAUAGGUGGCCGGAGCUGGAGCCGGCCAAGGAGCCGGAGCGGUGGGAGCGACGGAGGGGUUGGGAAAACCCGGGCUGGAGCCAGGAAGCGCCGACCCGGAGCGGCCAAAACAAAACGACACCCUGGGUCAGGAGAGGGCCGAGGACGCAAAACCCGGGCUGGAUCGAGCCCCAGCCCCAGCGCAAGCCCCGGCCCAAGUCGGAGCCGGAGCCGCAGCAGCAGGCGAGGGUCUCGGUCUGGAGCAACCGGAACACGCAGUAGGAGCGGAAGCCUGGCCGGCGGUGUCGGUGGCAGCGGUGGUGGCAGUGGUGGCAGAGGAAAGACCCGAGCCGGAGCCAGAAGGAGCAGCCGGAGCUGGAGCUGGGAGUCAGAGGGCAGUGCCACUGCCGGCGAGGCUCAGCCCCGGCCUGGGAACGAGCGGUUGCACCGUUGAGGAAGAGAGGUUCACGAUGGCCGGUGGGGUGGUGUGGGAGGAGACAUGGAGGGGAGAAGGCUGCUAUGCAUUGGCUGCUCCCCCAGAAGGUGGUGAGUGAGGGGGGGAGAGAUGGAGGGAAGGAGGCUGCUGUGCAUUGUCCACUCCCCUAGAGGUUGUGGUGGGGGGGGGGGCAGUAGCGAACAAGUGAGUGGGUGGUCUGUUACAGUGGAAGCGUCGUUACACGGUGGGAGGGGAUGGGCUGGUUGGCGGGGUGGAAUCUUCACUCAGUAGCCAGGAGACCUGGCCCAAGUGAAACCAGUCCUGGUCUCAAAUCCUAGACAUUUAGGUCCCAAAUCAAUGAUGUUGAGGCAUGGUUUCAAGUCACUGAUCCUGAGGUUUCCUGGUCUCAAAUCCUAGACAUUGAGGUCUCAAAGUCAAUGAUGUUGAGGCCUGGAUUCAAGUCACUGACCCUGAGGUUUCCUGGUCUCAAAUGCUAGACAUUGAGGUCUCAAAGUGAAUGAUGUUGAGGCCUGGCUUCAAGUCACUGAUCCUGAUGUUUCCUGGUCUCAAAUCCUAGAUACUCAGUUCUUAAGUCAAUGAUGUUGAGGCCUGGCUUCAAGUCACUUAUCCUCAGGUUUCCUGGUCUCAAAUCCUAGGCAUUGAGGUCGCAAGUCAAUGAUGUCGAGGCCUGGCUUCAAGUCACUGAUCCUGACACCCGGUCUCGAACUCAAGGCACUGAACCUUAUCAAUAUUUAUUGUUAUUUAUGUAUUGUAUAUUUACUUAUUUAUUGCUUCAGGUUACCUUGUAAAAGGGUUGGCCUGAUAUUUUUGCACAAAGUGUGUGUUGGUUAUGCACAGCUCUGGUUAAUGUAUAAUUCGUGUUGCGUUUACGUUUGUGCGUGUGUCUAUUAAAUGUGUGGGGAGCAGUGGCACAGCAGUUAGCGCACUGCUGCGCACCUGCGACACCAGAGUUCGAGUUCCAUCCCCGCUCACGGCCACCACCAACAACGGUAGUGACGAUUAUCUGAACAACCGGCCUUAGGUUGACUCAGCCUCAAAUGAGUAACCUGGUGCGGUGGUGUGUAAGUAAACAUCGCCACGGGGGGAGACAAGAGCGGCCGGGUGUGGCGUUGGCCACCCAUCCUCUUCGCGUGCUCUGCCGGCCUUCGUGGGUGCUGCUUGUGAACAGCACUUGCCCCCAACGGUCUGUUACAGGCUACACGGGGGGAUCUUUGUCUUUGUUGUCCUAUUCGUUUGAGUGAGAGUGUGUGUGUAUUUAUGUGCGUGGGGAGUAGUGGCGCAGCGAUUGGCGUGCUGCGUUGCGUCAACCCAAGGCCCAAGUUCAAUUCCCACUCAUGGCCCUACAUCAUCAAGGGACAGCGAAUAUUUGAAGUUGGGAUCCCCUGGGCCUCCCCUAGGUCGGCUCAGCCAUAAAAAAACAUCAGCACUGUGGGGGAGAGACAAAGGCGGCUGAGGCGUGAUUUCUGGUCACACCAUUAUAGGGGCACUUGCCCCAACAAGCCUUUUGAAGGCUACAUGGUAUCUUUUUUUGCGUAUGAACACGUGUGUGCAAAUACGUGUGUCUGUGUGUGAGUUUACAUGCAUGUGAAUAAGAACUAAUCUGUGUGUGAGGUGGACAGUGAUUGGACAGAGACCGGCAAACUCCAUCCGGUUUUUGUUGUUGACGUUUUUGCAUCGCUGACCUAUCGACCUAUUUAUUGACCUAUUUAUCGAUUGCUUCUGAUCGCCAGCUUCACCGUUGUGGUUGCUAUAUAUAUACACACGUACGUCCGUACGCGCGCUCGGAUAUUUAUUCUCGCAAUGGGAGGGGGGAAUUUGUCCCGUGUAGCAGUAGAUAUAGCUUAGCUGAGCAUCCUACUGGGGGGAGGGGGGGG